AUGUCAAAUUUAUUAAGUUGGUUUCUCCUCUUUACUCUUGUUUCUCUUAUACAGGAUAAACCAACCAGCAAAGAAAAAUCCAAGGCACCAAAGAGAACUUUACCACACCUGCCUCCGGUGAGUUCUAAGCCGCAGUGGCAGCAGGCACCUCCAUCGUUCCACUUGAAUAUAAAGCAGGACGCAGCUAUUCCAGAGCAGUACACUGCUAAAAAUGAACUGCCAUACACUGACUACAUGGAACAAUAUGCCAAAAAGAGCAAAACUGACCAAGAUGAUGAGGCUGGACCAUCCUACUCCAAAUCUAAAAGCAAAUCUCCGCACAAAGAACGAGAGAAUUUCAGGAGCACUCUCGUUAAUGUCAUUAUGCAACAAGAUACUUCUGCCUUAGAUGUGGCUUCUCCUGGUGAAAGCUCCCUUACAAAACCGACCACUUCUGCAAUAGAGAAAGACAUCUUGAGAUAUUAUUAUUAUAUUAACCAUGGAAUUGAUACAGACCAUGUAGCCCCAAUGGACGAUUCUUGGCUAGAACAUGUAUUGAAUUUAGUUCCCCAACAUCUAAAAGUACUCAAUAACAGUAUACUUGCAUUAUCUGAUGAAAUGAGAGAGGAUUAUCUACUCAGUGUAAAAAAAUCCAUAGUUGAUUUUGUUUUAAAAGAUCCUCGAGAAAAAGACGAGAAAAAAGUAGAAGAACUUCCACCCCAUCGUGCUGAAAUGGAAGUUCUUCCAAAGCCUUGGAGGAAAUCUUUUUUUGCUGCUACCAGUUUUAUUAAGGACCACUUGAAUGCAAUGAACCCGACAAUGUUGGCUGUGCUAGAUUUAUGGCAUAGUACUUACAAAAAACUACGUUUAAUUGACAUAGAAGAAUUUCACAAUCGCCAAGAGGCACUAGAGUUGGCGAAUUUUCAGAACAUUGUCAUGAGACACAUGGAGAAUGCCAAAGAGACUCUUGUUAAAACGUGGUUUCCAGAAGUGCAAAAUAUUUAUUACCAAGGUAAUAAGAAGAGGCAGUUGCCAGUUGGUGACAACAGUGCCAAACUAGAAUCUUUUUUCAACUGUGCGGCCACCCUCAUGACUUUACAGCUGCAGGACCUCACCUUGGUUUCCAUGCAGGACUUCACAGAUUUGAUUGAUCAACCCCGCGACUCUGUUAGAGCUUUUGAACAUCCAGGUUUUGUAAUGAGACUGAUUCUGGAUAAUAAUGCCAUUAAGUUUGAGCCUGAAUUUUCUGACUAUGUAGAUAUCUUUCUAAAUGUUUAUGAUGUGAUGAUUAAAGCUGUCAGUUACGUGCCAAGAAUUGAGACAAAAUUGUAUUCAAAGUGGGAAAGUAAGUCUAAACCAACCACCUUGAAGCCUAUAAUUCUGGAUGAAAUUGUGGAAGUUCACAAAAAUAAAGUGAAAGAAGUGAUUAUGAAGGAGAGUGAGGCACCCAAGGAACACCUCAGACUCUAUGACAAGUAUGAGUUUUUGGUUACUAGAAAAGCUGAGCAAGAUGUAGAUGCUUUCCUUGCAGAAAGUCCAAGCUAUGAGAAAAUAAUAGAAGAAAUUCGCAAAUACCAAAAACUUAUUGAGGAAAUACAGUACACAUCUAGAAAGACUAUUCGUUUGGGAAUGUUUGAAAUGCGCUGUGAUGAAUUAAUCAGAGCUUUGGUGAAGCGGGCAGAUGCCAUUUGUGGAAAACUAAUAGCGCAAAUGUUCAGAGAUCACCAGGAAUCUAACACAAGAUUAUGCAAUGAAUUUGAAAAAAUAGCUGAAAAAGCCCUUAGCACACCACCAAAUACAGCAGAACUAAUGGAAAUGAAGGCUUAUAUUCAGAAAGUAGAGACAACAGAUAUGAUUGAACUGGCACAGAGGCUGGUCGAUUCUAAAAACUGCCUUGCCUUCCUCAUUGAGUAUGCCAAUUUUUCUCCAGCAGACAUUAGGCUCAAUAAUAAUGUUUUCCAGUGGUAUGGAAGAAUGGAUGAGAUUUUUGACGAACACAGAAAAAUUAUUAAAGAGAAAACAGAACAAUAUCAAGAAGGUCUUAAGUUACGGUGUGAGCGGUUUCAGGAGGAAUUGGAGAGUUAUGCUAAGCAGUGUGACGAAUUUUAUUCAUUUGGAGAUCUUCAGGAUGUCCAGCGCUAUCUGAAAAAGGCUCAAAUACUGAAUGGAAAAUUGGACUUGGCAGCAGACAAGAUUGACCAGUUUAAUGCAGAAGAGGAGGCAUUUGGUUGGAUACCAUCCGUCUACCCUCAACGUAAAAAAAUCCAAGAUGCUUUGAACCCUUAUCUUCGUCUCUAUGAAACUGCUGUUGAAUUUGGCAGCAAAUACAGGACAUGGACAGAAGGCCCUUACAGCAAAGUGGAUCCUGACCAAGUGGAGGUAGAUGUUGGAAAUUACUGGCGAGGUCUCUAUAAGCUGGAGAAAACAUUCCACGAUUGCCCACAUGCGUUGUCAAUGACGAAAAAAGUCAGGGCAAAGGUGGAAGAAUUCAAGCAGCACAUUCCUCUCAUUCAAGUUAUCUGCAACCCUGGUUUGCGAGCCAGGCACUGGGAGGCCAUGUCCAAAAUUGUUGGAUACACCCUGCAACCUUCAGAUGAUGCCACUGUAUUCUCUUUUGUAGACAUGAAUCUGGAGCCAUUUUUAGAUAAAUUUGAAAGUAUCAGCGAAGCUGCUAGCAAAGAAUAUUCUCUUGAAAAGGCCAUGGAGAAGAUGAUUAACGAAUGGGAUGGGAUGGAGUUUGUCAUUCUCCCUUAUAGAGAGUCUGGAACCUUUAUUUUGUCAUCCGUUGAUGAAAUCCAGAUGUUGCUGGAUGACCACAUUGUUAAGACACAAACUAUGCGAGGAUCUCCAUUCAUUAAGCCUUAUGAAAAGCAAAUGAGAGAAUGGGAGGGCAAGUUGCUGCUGCUCCAGGAGAUUCUGGAUGAGUGGCUCAAGGUCCAAGCCACGUGGCUAUAUUUGGAGCCCAUUUUCAGUUCUCCAGACAUUAUGUCUCAAAUGCCUGAGGAGGGUAGACGUUUUACAACAGUGGAUAAGACAUGGAGAGAUGUAAUGAAAACUGUCAUACAAGAUAAACAUGUUCUGUCAGUUGUAACUAUUGAAAGAAUGCUGGAAAGACUGAAAAAAUCUAAUGAACUUUUAGAACUCAUUCUUAAAGGACUUAAUGAAUAUUUGGAAAAGAAGCGUCUCUUCUUCCCCAGAUUCUUUUUCUUGUCUAAUGAUGAACUUCUUGAAAUACUGUCGGAGACUAAAGAUCCCACUAGGGUGCAACCUCAUCUGAAGAAAUGUUUUGAAGGAAUUGCCAAGGUAGAAUUUACAGAAACCUUAGAUAUUACUCACAUGAAGAGUAGUGAAGGAGAAGUUGUGGAACUUGUUGACACCAUUUCAACGGUUAAAGCUAGAGGUCAAGUGGAGAAGUGGUUGCUGGAGUUAGAGAGAGUUAUGAUUAAAUCUGUCCAUAAGGUAAUUAAAGAUGCAAUUACUGCAUACACAAAUUUUGAACGAAUUAUCUGGGUAAAAGACUGGCCUGGACAGACAGUCCUCUGUGUCUCCCAAACCUUUUGGACUCUAGAAGUACAAAAUGCUAUUUCACAGGGACAAAUGUUUCUUGAGCAAUAUUUGGAAAAAUGCAACAAGCAAAUUGAUGACAUUGUCACCUUGGUUCGUGGUAAGUUGUCCAAGCAGAACCGCGUUACCCUGGGAGCGCUGGUAGUACUGGAUGUCCAUGCCAGAGAUGUCCUCGGAACACUGGUUCAUAAGAAGGUCAACAAUGAGACGGACUUUGAAUGGCUCAGUCAACUUAGGUACUAUUGGCAAGAGAAUAAUUUAGAAACCAAGAUGAUCAAUGCCAGUUUGCGAUAUGGAUAUGAAUAUCUGGGUAACUCCCCUAGGCUGGUUAUUACCCCACUCACUGAUCGAUGCUACAGAACCUUGUUUGGAGCACUUCACCUGCACCUGGGAGGAGCACCCGAGGGCCCAGCUGGCACUGGAAAGACAGAAACUACAAAAGACUUGGCAAAAGCAGUGGCUAAACAAUGUGUGGUAUUCAACUGCUCCGAUGGGCUGGACUAUCUGGCUUUAGGGAAGUUCUUUAAGGGACUGUUAUCUUGUGGAGCCUGGGCUUGCUUUGAUGAGUUUAACAGAAUUGAUUUGGAAGUACUUUCUGUGGUUGCUCAACAAAUUCUCACUAUACAAAGAGGCAUUAAUGCAGGUGCUGAUUUACUGGUGUUUGAAGGAACUGAGCUGAAACUUGACCCCACUUGUGCUGUCUUUAUAACUAUGAACCCUGGGUAUGCUGGGCGCUCAGAGCUGCCAGAUAAUCUAAAGGCUCUCUUCCGGACAGUCGCAAUGAUGGUGCCUGACUAUGCCAUGAUUGCUGAAAUUGUCUUGUAUUCAUGUGGGUUUGUCACUGCUCGGCCGCUCUCAGUGAAAAUUGUGGCUACCUACCGUCUGUGCUCAGAGCAGCUGUCAUCACAGCACCACUAUGACUAUGGGAUGAGAGCUGUGAAGUCAGUGCUCACUGCUGCUGGAAAUCUAAAGCUGAAAUAUCCAAAUGAAAAUGAAGAAAUUUUGCUGCUUCGAUCUAUUAUUGACGUCAAUCUGCCAAAGUUUUUGUCACACGAUUUACCACUCUUUGAGGGAAUUACUUCAGAUUUGUUUCCUGGGGUGAAGCUGCCCAAACCAGAUUACAAUGAUUUACUGGCAGCUAUCAAAGAGAACUGUGACUCCAUGAAUUUGCAAAUGACCCCAUUCUUUUCUGAGAAGAUUCUUCAAAUAUAUGAAAUGAUGAUUGUGCGUCAUGGUUUUAUGAUAGUUGGAGAACCAUUUGGAGGAAAGACCUCAGCAUAUCGUGUCUUAGCUGGAGCAUUGAAUGAUAUUUGCGAAAAGGGAUUAAUGGAAGAAAAUAAAGUUCAAAUUACUGUUUUAAAUCCUAAGUCUGUCACCAUGGGCCAGCUGUAUGGACAGUUUGAUGUAGUGUCCCAUGAAUGGUCUGAUGGGGUUCUUGCUGUCAGUUUCAGAGCAUUUGCUUCUUCCACAACACCAGAUAGGAAAUGGUUAGUUUUUGAUGGGCCAGUAGAUGCAGUGUGGAUUGAGAAUAUGAAUACUGUAUUGGAUGACAAUAAAAAACUCUGUCUGAUGAGUGGGGAGAUUAUUCAAAUGUCACCACAAAUGAAUCUUAUUUUUGAACCAAUGGAUUUAGAAGUUGCUUCUCCUGCCACUGUUUCCAGAUGUGGUAUGAUUUACAUGGAGCCUCAGAUGUUAGGCUGGAGACCACUGAUGUUGUCAUGGAUAAAUCUUUUACCAGAAUCUAUCAUAGAUAUUCAGAAGGAGUUUAUAGUAAACUUAUUUGACAGAAUGGUUCCUGUUUCUGUUGAAUUUAUUAGAAAGCAUACAAAGGAAUUAUCUCCUACUUCAGAUACAAACCUAGUCCGAAGUUUGAUGAAUCUAAUAGAUUGUUUCAUGGAUGAAUUUACGGAUGAGGCCAAAGUAAAAGACAGAGAUGAUCGAGAAACCUUUUCUUUGCUUGAGGGAAUUUUUAUCUUUUCAUUGAUAUGGUCCAUUGGUGCUUCUUGCAAAGAUGAUGAUCGCUUGAGAUUUGAUAAGAUCGUCCGAGAACUAAUGGAUGGCCCACUUACAGAUGACACUCGAGAAAAAUAUAAAUUACUGAGUGACACUGAAGAAAUUACUGCAAAAGCACUAACAGUUCCCUUUCCUGAAAAGGGGUCAAUUUAUGAUUACCAGUUUAUCACUGAGGGAGUAGGAAGAUGGGAACCAUGGACAAGGAAAUUGGAUGAUGCUCCUGCCAUUCCUAAAGAUGUACAAUUUAAUGAAAUCAUUGUACCAACUCUGGACACAAUUCGAUACUCUGCAUUAAUGGGUUUAUUGACCACCCAUCAAAAGCCUUCAAUAUUUGUAGGACCAACAGGAACUGGAAAGAGCGUUUAUAUUAUUAAUUUUCUAUUAAAUCAACUCAAUAAAGAAAUCUACAGACCUCUGCUAAUUAACUUCUCAGCACAAACGACAGCAGCUCAAACUCAAAAUAUCAUCAUGUCAAAACUGGACAAAAGAAGAAAGGGAGUUUUUGGACCACCUUUGGGCAAGCGAAUGGUUGUCUUUGUAGAUGAUGUCAAUAUGCCUGCUCGGGAGGUAUAUGGUGCCCAACCUCCUAUUGAAUUGCUUAGACAGUGGUUAGAUCACUGGAAUUGGUAUGACCUAAAAGAUUGUUCUAUGAUUAAACUAGUGGACAUACAAAUCUUGUGUGCCAUGGGACCUCCAGGUGGCGGUCGAAAUCCAGUAACUCCUCGAUACAUGCGGCAUUUCAAUAUUAUAACAAUAAAUGAAUUUAGUGACAAGUCUAUGUUUACUAUUUUCUCUAGAAUUUUAACUUGGCAUUUAAAAAUAUGUUAUAAAUUUCCAGAGGACUUUCUCGAUUUGACAACACAAAUUGUAAAUGGUACAAUGAUACUGUAUAAAGAAGCAAUGAAGAAUCUCUUGCCUACUCCAGCUAAAUCUCAUUACUUGUUCAACCUCCGAGAUUUCUCCCGUGUUAUUCAGGGUAUAUGUUUGUCAAGGCCAGAAACAGCAGAAACCAAGGAAAAGAUGAAACGUCUUUGGGUCCAUGAGGUCCUUAGGGUAUACUAUGACCGACUCUUGGAUAACGCAGAUCGGAACUGGCUCAUCGACUACAUCCAGGAAAUCCUGAAAGAGCACAUGGAUGAAGACUUCCACGAGCUCUUCAAGAACCUGGAUUUUGACCUGGACGGCAAGGUGGAGGAGGAUGACCUGCGUAGCCUGAUCUUCUGCGAUUUCCACGACAUCAAAAGGGAGGACACCAACUACCGGGAGGUGGACAACGUGGACAGCCUCCGGGUCAUCGUGGAGGGCCACCUGGAGGAGUACAACAACAUGAGCAAGAAGCCCAUGAACCUGGUGCUGUUCCGCUUCGCCAUCGAGCAUGUGAGCAGGAUCUCCCGCAUCCUCAAGCAGCCCCGCAGCCACGCGCUGCUUGUGGGCGUCGGGGGCAGCGGGCGACAGUCGGUGACCAGACUGGCCGCGCACAUGGCCGACUACGCCGUCUUCCAGGUGGAGAUCACCAAGGGCUACGGCAACGUGGAGUGGCGCGAGGACCUGAAGGUCAUCUUGAGGAAGUGCUCCGAAGGGGAGAUGCACGGCGUGUUCCUCUUCACCGACACGCAGAUCAAGAAGGAAUCCUUCCUGGAAGAUGUCAACAACCUGCUCAACGCCGGCGAGGUGCCCAACCUCUUCGCCCUGGACGAGAAGCAGGAGAUCUGUGAUAAGAUGCGACAGCUGGACCGCCAGCGCGAUAAGACCAAGCAGACGGACGGCAGCCCCGUGGCCCUGUUCAACAUGUUCGUGGAGAGAUGUCGCAACCAGCUGCAUGUGGUCCUGGCCAUGAGCCCCAUUGGGGACGCCUUUCGGAACCGGCUUCGGAAGUUCCCUUCCCUCGUGAACUGCUGUACCAUAGACUGGUUUCAGCCCUGGCCUGAAGAUGCUCUACAGGCAGUUGCAUCCCGUUUCUUGGAAGAGAUUGAAAUGUCAGAGGAAGUCCGAGAAGGCUGUAUUGACAUGUGUAAAAGUUUCCACACUUCAAUUAUAGAACUAUCAACAUCCUUCUAUAUUGAGCUCCAAAGAUACAAUUACGUGACUCCGACCUCUUACCUUGAAUUAAUAUCCACUUUUAAACUAUUAUUGAAAAAUAAAAGAAGUGAAGUGAUGAAAAUGAAGAAGAGGUAUGAAGUGGGCCUAGAAAAGCUGGAGUCUGCCGCAUCUCAAGUGGCCUCAAUGCAAUUAGAGCUGGAGGCUCUUCAGCCCCAACUAAAAGUUGCUAGCAAAGAGGUUGACGAAAUGAUGCUGAUCAUUGAGAAGGAGUCCAUAGAAGUUGCCACAACGGAAAAAAUCGUCAAAGCUGAUGAAAUUGUGGCAAAUGACCAAGCUAUGGCUGCCAAGGCCAUCAAAGAUGAAUGUGAUGCUGACCUUGCAGAGGCUUUGCCCAUACUGGAGUCGGCACUAUCAGCCCUUGAUACACUCACAGCCCAGGACAUCACAGUGGUAAAAUCCAUGAAGAGUCCUCCAGCUGGCGUCAAGUUGGUGAUGGAAGCAAUAUGCAUCCUGAAGGGCAUCAAAGCUGACAAGAUUCCUGACCCCACAGGCACAGGGAAAAAAAUAGAGGAUUUCUGGGGUCCAGCUAAGAGACUUCUUGGUGAUAUUCGAUUUCUGCAAUCUCUUCAUGAAUAUGACAAGGACAAUAUUCCUGCAGCUUAUAUGUAUAUCAUACGAAAAAAUUAUAUCCCCAACCCUGAUUUUGUUCCAGAGAAAAUUAGAAAUGCGUCCACUGCUGCCGAAGGUCUGUGCAAAUGGGUGAUAGCAAUGGACUCCUAUGACAAAGUGGCAAAAAUAGUAGCUCCCAAAAAGAUAAAACUGGCUGCUGCUGAAGGGGAGCUUAAAAUCGCCAUGGAUGGUCUGAGAAAGAAGCAGGCUGCUCUGUAUGAAGUACAGGCCAAGCUGGCAAAGCUGCAAGAUACACUUGAGUUAAAUAAACAAAAGAAAGCUGAUUUGGAACAUCAGGUUGACUUGUGCAGUAAAAAGCUAGAACGAGCUGAGCAGUUGAUCGGAGGCCUGGGAGGGGAGAAAACGCGAUGGAGUCGGACUGCUCUGGAGCUGGGAGAGUUGUACUUCAACCUGACUGGUGACAUCCUCAUUUCCUCCGGUGUUAUUGCCUACCUGGGAGCCUUCACAUCUAGCUACCGCCAGAACCAAACCAAGGAGUGGGCUAUGUUAUGCAAGGGAAGAGAUAUCCCCUGCUCUGAAGAUUAUUCGCUUAUGAGUACCCUGGGAGAACCAGUGACAAUUCGAGUAUGGAAUAUUGCAGGAUUACCUUCAGACUCAUUUUCCAUUGAUAAUGGAAUCAUCAUAAUGAAUGCAAGAAGAUGGCCUCUGAUGAUAGAUCCACAAGGUCAGGCUAAUAAGUGGAUCAAGAACUUUGAAAAAGCCAAUAGUCUUCACGUUAUUAAAUUAAAUGAUCCUGACUAUGUCAGGACUCUGGAAAAUUGCAUACAGUUUGGUACCCCAGUGUUGCUAGAAAAUGUUGGAGAAGAACUAGAUCCAAUUUUGGAGCCUCUUCUACUAAAACAGACCUUCAAGCAGGGUGGGAGUACGUGUAUCCGACUCGGAGACUCAACUAUUGAAUAUGCACCAGACUUCCGCUUCUACAUCACAACCAAGUUACGGAAUCCUCAUUAUCUGCCUGAAACAUCAGUAAAGGUCACGUUAUUAAACUUCAUGAUCACUUCUGAGGGAAUGCAAGAUCAGCUUUUGGGAAUUGUGGUGGCCCGCGAAAGACCAGACCUCGAGGAAGAAAAGCAAGCCUUGAUCUUACAAGGAGCAGAAAAUAAAAGGCAGUUAAAAGAAAUAGAAGACAAGAUUUUGGAAGUUCUUUCAUCUUCCGAAGGCAAUAUAUUAGAAGAUGAAACUGCUAUUAAGAUAUUAUCUUCCUCCAAGGCUUUGGCUAAUGAAAUUUCUCAAAAGCAGGAAGUAGCGGAGGAGACAGAGAAAAAGAUUGAUAAUACCCGUAUGGGCUAUCGUCCUAUUGCGGUCCACUCCACCAUCCUGUUCUUCUCUAUCGCUGACUUAGCUAACAUUGAACCCAUGUACCAAUACUCAUUAACCUGGUUUAUUAACCUUUUCAUCAUGUCCAUUGAAAAUUCAGAGAAGUCUGAAGUUUUAAAACUAAGGCUUCAAAUUCUCAAAGAUCACUUUACUUAUUCCCUUUAUGUUAACGUCUGCCGGUCACUCUUUGAGAAAGAUAAACUGCUCUUUUCCUUUUGUCUAAAUGUGAAUCUGCUGCUACAUGACCGUCUGAUUAAUAAAGCUGAGUGGAGAUUUCUGCUAACUGGUGGCAUUGGACUAGAUAAUCCUUAUACCAACCCUUGUAUCUGGCUUCCUCAAAAAUCCUGGGAUGAAAUAUGUCGCUUAGAUGAAUUACAUUCCUUCAAAUCCAUUCGAAAGGAGUUUAUUCGUUUAAAGGAUGGUUGGAAGAAAGUAUAUGACAGCCUGGAACCGCACCAUGAAGUUUUUCCUGAGGAGUGGGAAAAAAAAGCCAAUGAAUUUCAGAGAAUGCUCAUCAUCCGCUGCUUGAGGCCAGACAAGAUUAUUCCAAUGGUGCAAGAAUUUAUAUCUAAUAGAUUGGGGCGCUCUUUUAUUGAGCCACCCCCUUUUGACUUAUCCAAGGCAUUUGGGGAUAGUAACUGCUGCGCUCCACUGAUUUUCAUACUCUCCCCUGGAGGGGACCCCAUGGCUGCCCUUCUCAAAUUUGCAGAUGAUCAGGGAUAUGGAGUAAAACUUAGCUCUUUAUCUCUUGGCCAAGGCCAAGGGCCCAUUGCUAUGAAGAUGCUAGAAAAAGCUGUCAAAGAUGGAACCUGGGUUGUUCUUCAAAAUUGCCAUCUUGCCACAUCUUGGAUGCCAACCCUUGAGAAAGUUUGUGAGGAACUAAGUCCUGACACAACACAUCCAGAUUUCCGGCUUUGGCUGACGAGUUACCCAUCUCCAAAUUUUCCUGUGUCUGUGCUGCAGAAUGGAGUGAAAAUGACCAACGAGGCACCGAAAGGUUUAAGGGCUAAUAUCAUUCGAUCAUACCUGAUGGACCCGAUCUCUGACCCUGAGUUUUUUGGCAGCUGCAAAAAGCCUGAGGAAUUCAAGAAACUGCUUUAUGGCCUCUGUUUCUUUCACGCUUUGGUACAAGAAAGACGAAAAUUUGGACCCCUGGGGUGGAAUAUUCCUUACGAGUUCAAUGAGACUGACUUAAGAAUCAGUGUACAACAGCUCCACAUGUUCCUGAACCAGUAUGAGGAGCUGCCCUUUGACGCCCUGCGCUACAUGACCGGGGAGUGCAAUUACGGCGGCCGGGUCACCGACGACUGGGACCGGCGCACACUGCGCAGCAUUCUGAACAAGUUCUACAACCCGGAACUGGUGGAAAGCGAGCUCUAUAAAUUUGACUCCAGUGGCAUCUAUUUUGUUCCACCUUCCGGUGAUCACCAAAGCUACAUAGAAUAUACAAAGACUCUUCCGCUGACCCCAGCCCCAGAAAUCUUUGGGAUGAAUGCCAAUGCAGAUAUCACGAAAGACCAGUCAGAAACUCAACUGUUAUUCGAUAAUAUUCUUCUGACACAGUCUCGUUCAGCAGGUGCUGGUGCUAAAUCAUCCGAUGAAAUAGUAAAUGAUGUUGCUGGUGACAUCUUGGGGAAACUCCCAAACAACUUUGAUAUUGAGUCUGCUAUGAGAAGAUACCCAACAACCUAUACUCAGAGCAUGAAUACUGUGCUCGUCCAAGAGAUGGGGAGGUUCAAUAAGUUGCUGUAUACCAUAAGGGAGUCAUGCAUCAAUAUUCAGAAGGCUAUCAAGGGGCUGGUAGUGAUGUCUACAGAGCUUGAAGAAGUAGCUAAAAGUAUUUUGAAUGUCAAAAUUCCUGCAAUGUGGAUGGGUAAAUCCUACCCAAGCCUUAAACCACUUGGGAGCUAUGUGAAUGACUUCCUUGCAAGAUUAAAAUUCUUGCAGCAAUGGUAUGAGGUUGGGCCUCCUCCAGUCUUCUGGCUUUCUGGCUUCUUCUUCACACAAGCCUUCCUGACUGGAGCCCAGCAGAACUAUUCCCGGAAAUAUACAAUCCCCAUUGAUCUUCUUGGGUUUGACUAUGAAGUAAUGGAAGACAAAGAUUAUAAGAAUGCUCCCGAAGAUGGUGUUUUUAUUCAAGGAUUAUUUCUAGAUGGAGCUUCUUGGAACAGAAAGAGCAGGAGACUGGCAGAGUCAUAUCCCAAAAUUCUUUAUGAUACCUUGCCUGUGAUGUGGCUAAAGCCCUGUAAGAAGGUAGAUAUUCCAGAACGACAAAGUUAUGUGGCGCCACUGUACAAGACAAGUGAGCGAAGAGGAACAUUAUCCACCACUGGACAUUCUACAAAUUUUGUAAUUGCUGUAACUCUUCCUUCAGACCAGCCCCCGGAGCACUGGAUUGGACGGGGUGUGGCGCUGUUGUGCCAACUUAAUUCAUAAUUAGAAAAGAAGUGUC